AAGAAUGAUAUAAAUAUGAGAAAUUAAGAUAAUGUCAGUCUAUUAACGCUACUUACUUUAAUCUAUAAGAAAACAAUCGUUCUUUAUGCGUGAGGGGAAUAUAAUAAAUAAACUUAUAUUAUAUCGAUAAGAUAAACGCAUGACGGUAACAGCGUUCCCUGCUCGCGUUUGUAGUUCAUAUUUUGUCCGUAAAUGUCGCUGAAGUCAUACACGUUUCAAAAAAGAUUUCAGACAACAUGAAUAAUUUUAAAAAUGGAGAUGGUAAACCAUGUGAUACUGUUGCACAAUAAUCCUUACAUCAUAAUCAAAAACAUUAGUCUACGCGCCGAUGUUUCCUGACAUUAACCUUAUAAAAGUUUAAUAGCUCGAAUGAUUCAUUUAAAUAAAUUGUUUUAAAUUCAUUUAUUAUAUAUUUUCUUUUUUUUAUCUUUUUUUUCUUUCUUUUUCUAUUUUUACGGAAACUUAAAUGUUUAAUACAUUAACAUAGAUUAUACAAUUAGCAACGAAUAUGAAAGUAUUACAUUUUAAAACAGAUUCUUGAUAUCUAUUUCGAGUUAUAUGCAGUGCGUUAAUCGUUUAUUUAUAUCACAUUGGUGUAACACUUUACCCGUCGAUCUACAACUAUGUUUAAACGUAGAUUAAAAACUAGAAAUUUCCUAAUUUUGUGUUAAAUAAGCUCGAAAUUAUGGACGAAAUAUCUUUUCGCAUAUCAAAUCAUCUAGAAAGAUUACAGGUUCAAACAUCUUUAGUGAUUCAACAAGGACAACAAUGGAUUUCUACGUUCUUAACACAUUGUCAAAGAUACAUUCAAGAAUUAUAUAGAGACCAACAUGUACAGCAAAUAAAAGAUAUCAUACACAAUCUGAUAAUAUAUAUUCAAAAAUAUUGGGAACAGUUACGUUUUCAAUAUUAUUCUAUUCAUGUUAAUUCUACACAAUUUUAUCGACGACUAGUAGGAAUAUUAAAUAAUGAAGUCACACGAAGAGAGAUUAUAUUUUGUCUAGCAGGCAUAACUAUAGGUACAUUAAUAGGUUAUAGCAUAGGCAGGAAUUGGAUUUAUUAUUCCCACCAUAUGCACCAUAUAAAAGCUAUUAUAUGUCAUCAUUAUAUUGGUAUCGAGGGUGUUUCAAUGAUAGAUGAUGCAGAGAUGCCAAUGAUUAAAAAAUCUAAUGACUUACUGAUACAAGUUAAAGCUGCUUCAGUCAAUGUCGUUGACACAAAAAUAUGUUCUGGUUAUUCGAAAACUUAUAGAAGACUUCUAAAUUCUGGAAGGUACAAAGAAAUUCCAGUAAUAUUAGGUAGGGAUUGUUCAGGUAUAGUUAUAGACAUUGGACAAAGAGUUAUUAAUUUUGAUAUUGGUGAUGAAGUAUUUCUUGCUGUACCUUCAUGGGCACCUGGUACAAUGGCAGAAUAUAUAGUUGUGCCAGAAAGCCAAGCAGUUAAACGGCCUAAACGAUGUACUUAUGAAAUAGCUGCUAGCAUUCCUUAUAGUGGUUGCAUGGCAUGGGAUGCUUUAGUUAAUAAAUCUGUUAUUAAAGAAGGCAAUGCAAAAGGACAAAGAGUACUUAUAUAUGGAGGAAAUACUCCAGUUGGAUGUAUUUUAAUUCAACUUGUAAAAUUAUGGGGUGGUCAUGUAGUAACAGUAUCUAGAAAAAAUGCUGUACCUGUAAUGAGAGCUUUAGGUGCUGAUGAAGUUUUAUUAUUAGACGAAUUAAAUAUUGAGAAGGAGUUAGAAUUGCAUGAAAAAUAUAAUGCAAUUUUUUAUACCUGUGGUCCAUCAACGGAAUCUCAUGUAUUAAAGAAAUAUUUACAUCCUUAUGGUUCUUAUGUGACAACAAUGCCUGAACAUUUAACAUCAGAUUCAUUGGGAUUUAUAUCAGGAAGUAUAUUUGCUGGAUGUGUACGCAUUAAAUUAUUGGUGCAGUAUAUAUUUGGUUGUAAUAUACAUCAAUGGAAAGAAGGUUCCAAAAUAAAAGCAGAAUACUUACAAGCAUUAUCAGAAUUAACUGAUGCAGAUGAAAUACAGCCUGUUGUUGAUAGAGUUUAUGCACCUCAUAAUAUCGAAGAAGCAUUACAUCAUAUAUUAGAUCCAGAAGCUAUUGGAAGUACAAUCAUUAAAUUUUAAAAAUA